UCUCGUCUGGCUCCGUCAGUGGCCACCCCAGUGUUCCUCAGGGCGUUUGAUCCGACGCGCUGAUCGACAACUUUAACAAAACUUCACACAGUUGUGUUAAAGUCAAAAACAUGAUCAGCUGACUUCGUCUUUAGGUGACCAAAAAUAAUGAAAGCUUAGAGGCCAAGAAGGAAGGGACCCGCCAACAGUUCCCACACCUGGUGCUGAUUAGGCUGGGAGAACCCCUGGGACAGUCCUGGAUCGUGUGGGUUUGGGGGCAGUGCUUAAUUCGGAUCUGUUCUGGGUUUAACCCGCCUCGCGCGAUCUCCCGCUGCCACAGGGAAAAUGCAGCACGCGCAGACUAAGCAGUGCUCGUGUCCUGUCUGUGGAAAUGAUGCUCGGUCCAAAUGAUGGACUCCGUGGACUGCUUUGAUCCGUACCGCCGACCMGCGCGCAGAACUCAGUGGAUCGUCAGCACGUUGGCUUACCAUUACGGACUGGACCGGGGGGUGGAGAAUGAAAUCAUCGUGCUGGCCACCGGACUGGACCAGUACCUGCAGGAGAUCUUCCACCAUCUGGACUACCGGGGUGCUGGAAGGAUCCCCGCGGAGGACUUUAACGUCCUGUGUGAAGUUCUGGGUCUGAACGCGGACCCGGAGCUCGCGAGGGGUUCGGAUCGUCUGCCCGGUGAGCUGACCUUCAGACACUUCCACGCCAAGCUCUGCGGCUACUUCAGCACCAGGGCCGGGUGUCGGUAUGAAACCGACCGGCUGCUGGUCGGGGAGGACGGGGAGCACAUCGAGACUCAGAUCCGCCUCAGGAGCCCCCUGAAGCGGCGAGAAAAGCUGCUGUCCGGGGGUGCGAACGGCCGCUGCUGCAGCUCCCCSGGCCGCAGGCGGGGCUCCUGCACCCGGGAGUGCUACGAGGAGAUCGUGGCCCUGGAGGCGGCAGAGGACCGGAUCGGAAAACUGGAGGAUGAAAAUGCGAGUUUGAGGGAGCUGAUAGAGGACAUGAGAGCCGCUCUGCAGAGCAGUGAUGCCCGCUGCCUGGCCGUGCAGGUAGGACUGUGGAAAAGUCACUCCAAGCAUAAAUCAGAAAAAGGUUAUUUGAUGUCCCUGAAAAGCAGCCCUAAGAGCUUCCAGAACUUUAUACAUGACACMGAGCAUCUGUGGCGCUCCAGAGAACAGCAGGUUGAGGACGCCGUUCUGCGUAACCAGAGACUGGAACAGGAACUGUGGAGYACUCUGGAGGACCGUAACAGGGCUCUGAUGAGGGAGCAGGCGGGUAUGAGGAGGAAGGUAGAGGAGGCCAGGCAGGCGCUGCUGACCGGGCUGAGCAAAGUGAAGGAACUGGAAGUGAAGGCUGCUUAUGUUCCAGCACUGCAGCGACAGAUUGUCCAGCUGGAGUCAGAGCUCAUUUACUACAGGUCAGAAGUGUCCAAACUUCAGCUGUCCAGCAGCACUGGGUCAGAGCAGCAGCCUUGUGUUAGCAGCAGGGGCCCGAGAUGCUGCUUGGAUUCUCAACAUGACCGUUGUUCCCCUACAGGGUGCACCAUAACCACCCUGGACAAGAUGGAGGAGCAGCUGUUUCGGUCGGUGGAGGGCCAGGCAGCCUCUGAUGAAGAAGAGGACAAGUGGACUGGAGACCAACAGAAGCAGGUGGAUGAGGUGAAGAGGAUCCUGACCAGACUGUCAGGCUGUAGUGAAAGGUGUGAUGACAAAGCAUACAAGAAGCUAAUGUCUAACUUCGACAGUUCAAGAAGUGCAGAGAGCCACAGUGCUGUGGUGGAGCUCCUGGAGAGGGUGACCAGGUUGCACAGGCAGCUGGAACUGAAGGAAAACCAGGCCGAAAUGAACAUGGACCAGAUGAAGGACCUCCUUAUGCAGGAGCUGCAGCAGAAAGCUGAGGAGACAGAGCUGCUUCACAUGGAGCUGCAGAUGCUGGAGACAGAGAGGGUCCGUCUGUCUCUGGUUGAAGAAAAGCUUGGGGAUAUUCUGCAGCUUCUGCAGCAGCUCAGAGAUGUGAACAUCUCACGGAGGUCUCUGGGGAAAAUCCUUCUCAGCACUUUAGAGUCUGGCAGCAACCCUCAACAUGGCAAAGCCCACAUUCUGGAGGUACUCGAUGCUCUUUACCAUGAACUGGCUGCUUGUGAGAUUCUGUCUGCUGGUGGGCCCCUGGAGAGGACGCAGAGUCAGCCGACACUCAUCUCAUAUUGAACAAGACUGUCUCCAUAUGGACUCACAAUGCUAUAGCAUCUUCUCAUUGGCAUCUUAACAACUGUUCAUCAAGCUAAUUAAUGUGUAUAGUGUAUUAUAUUGUAGCUUCUAUGGUCCUGAAGAUUUUUGAAAUGCUGCCUUUUACAUGUUUUUAUACUUUUUAUUGUACAAAUACUUCAAAAUGGAUUUUUAAAAAUCUUUUUCCCUCAAUGUUAAUGAAUUAAAAUGAGAUCAACUUUAAAAAGCUAGGAUCCUGGAUGAGUGGUGUGGUUAUGUUGGGUUUCUACAUCUGUUUCGUGGUCACCAGGGUUAACCACGGUCACGUCUAAGGAUAAUCCGGCUUCAUUAAGAACCAAAUUGUGUUUUUGAACUCUGUCAAGACUGUCCCUUAUCUCUGAUCUUGUUUGGGGUGUUCAUGAACAGUUUCAAGAAGCUGAGCUGAAAGGCAAAUCUCUUAAUUUACUGGAUUAUCUAUAUUCCGACCCUAAUAAUGGUCAAAAUAUGGAUCAUGACCAAGAGAUUUUGUAUGUUCUCUGGCCUUUGAACACCUCAGGAGGAGCUGGAGAACUGGUUGAGUAAUUUUCAGAUCCUGCUUUUCAUGUCGGCUGCUAGAAUCUGAUAAAAUAAAAUGUUUUUCUCUGCUGCUUUGUGUGGGGAUCUACCAGCUGCC